AUGACGUGUCAACUACCAAAUUCCCUUCUCCCCACAAGAUCGGAAGCGAUUUGUUUCUGGCUUCAGCAAGUCGUCGAUAUGAACGGCCGUAAGCCCCCUCUCCACCGCUGCCACCGCCGUCCAACUCGCCGCCGGCGGAUUGUGUCAAUGAGAGCGGAGGUCAAGGAGAUAACACGGAGAUCAGGAAGAGCGAGGAGUCUCGCCGCGCCACCCUCUACAUUUUCUUCAACUUCUUCCAAACCCGUUGCCGGUGAAAUUCCCGGAAUGGCGGCUGUAUCUAGGGAUUGGGAGCUACUGCAGCAAAUUAAUCCCUCAAAUCCCCUCGACUCCAAGAAGCUCCGUCUUCUUUCCUCUCCCCGAGAUCCUUCUCAGUUCCGUUCACUGGAUUCUCCGCCAUUUGCUGGCUCUAGUGAACAAAUCUGA